GGGGCUGCUGGGGGACGAAGACGGGGAGCGGACGGCUGAAAGAGCCAGGAGUGGCGCAGAAUUAGGCUUUCUCCUCUCUGUCGCUCCCAUGGUUCCUUUGUUUUCUGGAGCGGAGGUGAGGGGGGGAGAGGAUUGCGAGCGAGAGGGGAGGGGAGGGGAGGGGAAGCGAGAGGGAGAGGAGGGGGAGGGAGGGAGGAAGGGGCGAGAGGCGGUAGGUGAAGAGGGGAGGGGGAGAGACGAGAUGGGAUCAUUUCUUGAGGAAAUUUAUUUUGGGGGAGUAACGGAGGCCCUUCUCCCGAGAGAGUGUCGUGAGAGGAGGAGAAAUUAAAAAAUGGUGAGGAAAUGGAAUUGCGAGCAUUGUUAAAUAUUCAAAUGAUUCUACAUUAGGGUCGAAUUUCUUUUCAGCUGAUCCGGAGAUAGUUUAGUCCUUUACUACCCCGUGCUUUGUUUUAUUGGCAUAUAAUCAAUCUCCUGGACUAAGAGUUAUAUCCCCUACUUCUCCUCAUUCUGUUCCGAAGACUGUCAGUCAGCUGGGUUGUUUGCGCAGGAGGCAUCUCAGACGUCUUCGAGGUCAUGAAUCACUGCUACCAUGUUCCUCGAGGGUUUGGAGUGCAGAUGGGGCUCUGCGGGCUGAUUAGAUAGCUGUCGCACUCUCGCGCUCCUUCAAAUCCUCUUUCGAACUCCGAGGGCAAGAGGCCAGGAACCGCAGAGCGACGCCGGGGCCCAGAGCCAAAGAAGUCGAGGGAGAAGCCGACGACCGAAGUAGGAAUAGUUAGCUGACAUCUUCAGCUGAAGAGCAGUGUGUGCGGAUCGAAGCGGUUUCAGCCGGCGGGCCGGAUCAGUUAGUACAUGCAUGGAAGGCAGGGAUGGAGUCAGUUCAGGAGGAGGCGGGAGCAUGCCGGGAAGUUUGGGCCUUCACUUGCAACAAAGACCUGCUGGCUCGGCCGUGACGUCGCCCUCUGGCUUGCACACUCCCGCCCCUCUGCGGCCCGCCCCUGCUGCAACUGCUAUCACCCUCGCUAGCCCGAGCCCCAGUCCCGCGACCAACAGCAGCACCUCUCCGUCAGAUGGUAUUGCAACAACUCCGCACUCUGCAAUCAUGAGUAUGAAUAUCGGACAAGCAGGCAGUUACACUCCCAUCGCUUCGUCAGGAAUGGUGGCAGCGAGUUUAGGAGCCCGCCCCGAGCCUCCCAAGAGAAAAAGGGGGAGGCCUAGAAAAUAUCCUGGCGCAGAUGCCAGCCCAGGAGGCAGCCUGGGAGUGUCGCUUGCCUUGACUCCCAUCGCUGCCAAAUCGCCACAAUCUCCUACCGAGAAACGUGGGCGAGGGCGACCGCCCGGUUCAGGAAAGAAACAACAGCUCGCCGCCUUAGCUACAGCAAACGGUGCUUGGUUGGCAGGAGCAGCCGGAGGAGGUUUCACUCCGCACGUAAUCACUAUUGCCGCCGGAGAGGACGUUGCCAACAAGGUGUUUGGCUUCUCGCAACAAGGACCGCGUGCAGUAUGCGUGUUAUCGGCGAAUGGUUCAAUAUCAAAUGUUACCUUACGUCAUGACUCUUCUUUCGGCGGUAACAUCACCUACGAGGGUCGUUAUGAGAUUCUUUCCUUGUCAGGUUCGUUUCUACCCACUGAUGUCGGAGGCACUCGUAGUCGGACUGGUGGUUUGAGCGUGUCGUUGGCCGCUAACGACGGGAAAGUGGUAGGAGGAAGUGUGUCGGGAUUACUGGUCGCGGCUACGCCAGUACAGAUUGUCGUCGGGAGUUUUGUUCCCGACUCUGGAAUAAAGCCCACGAGACUUCCGACCUCACCUGCGCCUGCGGGAAACGGGGAAUCGAAUAGCGCAAUGAUGACGUCGAUCGGGCUGGCACCGGCGAUGGGAUCCACGGGUGUGACGGUGGCCUCGCCUCCCGCGUCGGCAGCUCGGCUGUCGAAAACCGAACCGCCGUCGGCCGUGAAGGUAGCAUCGAGCUCAGCUCCGAGCGCAACGCCGAACCACCAGGGAGGGAGUGCUAGCAGCGCAGCCGGGUCGACGCCCCAGAGCAUGGGACUGUUCCAAACCGGAGGCUGGCAACCGACCCAAGUGGGAGCCGAGAGGCGGACUCCGACGGACAUCAACAUUUCGCUGCCGGGUGGGUAACUGCAAGAGUAAGACCAAUUUUGGGACACCAUCUAUCUUCCGGAACUAUGGACAAGCCGAGUCGGUCCAGCACCAGGACCGAAAGUGUGAUCAAGUCUGUGAAGUUGUUCAAGUGGCCACUGAGAGGUGUAUAAUCUCGCAUCAGUCGUACCCCUGCCUGAUUGACAUUAGGGGGUUUUGCCAUGAAUUGUUCAUCUUGACAGUGGCAACGUUGUGCUCCCGUUGGCAGAUUUAGAGAGAUUAGCUGCACGGUAAUAUCUGCUCCUUUUCUUUCGUGUUCUUUUGUUGGGGUUGGGACGACCUCAUUCAGCGACCUUGAGAAGGUUCAACAGCUGGGGAUUAGAUAUUUGCUCCUAUUUCAUCAGGUUCUUUUGUUGGGGGUGGUAGGACAGACGACCUCACCCAGCGACCUUUGUGCAAGGUACAAAAGUUCGGGAUUAGAGCGACUUCAUAUCCCACAUACAGUCGGAAGAUGGGAUGAAGAUUCAGGAUGUUUUAAAUCCUCCCACCAUCAAAAUAUCUACUUGUAUUGAGACGAAGUUAGGCUUUGAAAUGAUGGUAGAACAUGUCAGGAGUUCUUGCAUGUUUCUUCUGCUGAUGUGAGUUCCUAGAGCACUGUGAUAUGAGCCCUUAGCGGUCGAGACAGUUUCAUUGUGACCUCGAGAUUAUUGUCAUUCUUUCAGCCGGUCACAGUCAAAUGCCGCAUGAUUUUUUCCUCCAUAUUCACUCAUGUGUACAUUGUUCUGAUAAGUAAUUCCCUUCGCCUUUCAUGAAAAGUCCCUUUUUUCCUCUGGUCUCCGAUUGAUAUCGGUUCACGGAAUAUGCUUGUGACACUCUUUGUGCCACAGUUGUGCUUCAACUAGAUACUGCUCAAAACCGGUAGCCUUUAUUCGGUGAGAUCUGACAAUUUUCAACUGACUUGUUCUGUAAACAGACUGAAGUCUUUUCCAAAUUCUAAGUACAGUAAGUGAACAUGCGCAAGAGGCUCUCGUGUGCGAAGCACACUGUUCCAUCUGAACGUGGCUGAGCAUUUAGCAGGUAGUUAAACAGGAUAACGCUUAGAUGUCAGUUUUGGGUUUCAGCAGUAAAACACUUCUGAGCCAUCAGUAGUUGUGCUCUGUGCAACUAUUUUAUGUGUCAGUACUAUUACUUAAACACAUCAAUUGAGAUAUCUUUUGCCGAGGAA